GGGCCGCUUCUCCGCAGAUAAUCACCAGCUUUGUUUGGAGUAAAAAGGCCCAACUUACAACUUAGCAACAGGUUUCUUAGCAACGGGCUCCAGGCGGCCACAAACGAUGCGCUGGGGGCCGCUGUCAGAAGGCCCCCAAGGCGGCUGGGGCGGGGCCUCCUUCUCCUCCCUGGCGGCUCCAGCUCCCUCCCAGCCCCCUCCUCACGGGUCCUUGCCCACCGGCCUUCCUGGGGGCACAGUUGGGGGCUCUGGUUUUCAGCAGUGCUGGCACCUCCCCUGCGGUGCCAUGCGCAAGGAUACCCCGUGUGCAGCCCCUUCUCAGGGAUGAGUGCGCAGCCCCAGAGGGCAGGGCAACCCCCGUUAGCAGAUGAGGGAAAAGAGACCCAAGAGGAAGUCCCCUGGGCAGCCCCACUAGCCAGAUUGUCCCUGUGUUAACGUGGUGCUCCUUCAGGAGGGGCGCCGUGCUCCUGGCGCUCCCACCCCGGGUGGCUCCUUCCUUCAAAGCUGAGGGACCCCGCUGCCCCAGCCUUGCAGCCCCACCCCGGCCACUCUUUGCCCCUUCCCUCCAAUGUCGGGGCCAGGCAAGCUGAAUUGACCGCACACCCUGGGCGCCCCACAGACCCCCAUCUGAUCUGAUCUCUUCCUGUGGCCUGGAGUGCCCCGCCCAGCCCCCAGAUAUCAGUGGUCACCGUGGCUCCAUCUCAGCGCUUCCACGCCAGCUUCCUGUUCCCGGCUGGUCCAGCCCUGGCUGGGCUGGGGUCCAAGGAUCAUGAUCGCAGCCCAGGAGCUGUCGGACAACCGGGUCAUCACGCUGAGCCUGGCGGGCAGGAAGCUGGACAAGAAGGACCUCUUUGGGAAGUCGGACCCGUUCCUGGAAUUCUACAAACCCGGGGACGAUGGCAAAUGGAUGCUGGUGCACAGGACUGAGGUGAUCAAGUACACACUGGACCCCGUGUGGAAGCCGUUCACCGUGCCACUGGUGUCCCUGUGUGAUGGGGACAUGGAGAAGCCCAUCCAGGUCAUGUGCUACGACUAUGACAAUGACGGGGGCCACGACUUCAUUGGCGAGUUCCAGACGUCAGUGUCCCAGAUGUGCAUGGCUCGCGACGGCGUCCCGCUGGAGCUGGAGUGCAUCAACCCCAAGAAGCAGAGGAAGAAGAAGGGCUACAAAAACUCGGGCGUCAUUGUCCUGCGUUCCUGCAAGAUACACCGAGACUAUUCCUUCCUGGACUACAUCCUGGGGGGCUGCCAGCUCAUGUUCACGGUUGGGAUAGACUUCACAGCCUCCAAUGGGAACCCCCUGGACCCCUCUUCUUUGCACUAUAUCAACCCUCUGGGCACCAACGAGUACCUGUCGGCCAUCUGGGCAGUGGGGCAGAUCAUUCAGGACUAUGACAGUGACAAGAUGUUCCCGGCUCUGGGAUUCGGAGCCCAGCUGCCCCCAGACUGGAAGGUCUCCCACGAGUUCGCCAUCAACUUCAACCCCACCAACCCCUUCUGCUCAGGCGUGGAUGGCAUCGCCCAGGCGUACUCGGCCUGCCUGCCCCACAUCCGCUUCUACGGUCCCACCAAUUUCUCCCCCAUCGUCAACCACGUGGCCAGGUUUGCAGCCCAGGCGACGCAGCAGCAGACGGCCACGCAGUACUUCAUCCUCCUCAUCAUCACGGAUGGUGUCAUCAGCGACAUGGAGGAGACCCGGCACGCCGUGGUGCAGGCGUCCAAGCUGCCCAUGUCCAUCAUCAUCGUGGGCGUGGGCAACGCUGACUUUGCCGCCAUGGAGUUCCUGGACGGGGACAGCCGCAGGCUGCGCUCCCACACGGGCGAGGAGGCAGCCCGGGACAUCGUGCAGUUCGUGCCCUUUCGGGAGUUCCGCCACGCAGCAAAAGAGACUUUGGCCAAAGCUGUGCUGGCAGAGCUGCCCCAGCAAGUUGUGCAGUAUUUCAAGCAUAAAAACCUGCCCCCCACCAACUCGGAGCCCGCCUGAGCCCAGGCCCAGCAGCAGCAUGCCCAUGCCGGCCGCCCGCCCCUCCCCAGGAACGUGCACGCUCACCCUGCUUCCUUGUGGGUGGUCUUUUUUUACGGAUCCACAUUUUUAUUUUUUACAACCGGACCUCCGCCCCCAGCUUCCCGGGCCCAGCUGGGCUUCCUCGUGGGAGUCGACAGAUGAUGCUUCCAGGCCAAACAGGCUUCCUCUCCCCUCCCCCAGCCACCCUUAAGUAUUGAAUGUACUUUGUAUAAUUUUAGUGGAAUUAUUAUUGUUAUUAAAGAGAAUAAAAUUUUUACAAUCAUAACUGGGCUUUUUCCAAGUAACUAGCUGCAGAAAGGAAUGUGUCCCUGGUGCGCACUUUGUGUCGUGGCCUGCUGUUUUUACACUGUGACUGUGUUCUGUUUGUUACGCUCAGGGUAAUAAAGGAGUUUUAGAUGUC